GUCCUGCUGUUUUCCGGUGGCAGACCUGAAGGAGCCGAGAUCCUCUUGGCGACCAGCGUGAACUUCGCCUUCGUCUUCGUGUUCUGGCGACCGGUGGCUGGCCUCCUCCACACAGUGAAGGCGCGUGUCUGGCACGACGUCCUUGCCUUCGCGCUUGCGCUCUCGCCGCUUGCUCUCAUGUUCUGCUUGAAGACCCUCUCGUUCGGAGAGGACUGGCCCGGCAGGACAGCGAUGGUGCUGCCGUACCUUCUCCAUGUUCAUCUCGGCAUUCUUGGGGCUGCCUGCUGGGACAGGUUCCUGUCGCAGCUACGGCCACUUGGCUUCCAGGCAAUGGCAGAUUCCACGCACCUGCUUCCCUGGGACGUGUUCAAGGGCUGGCUUGUCUUCACCACGGCUGCAUGGUGGGUUGCCUUUGUGCUCUUCGCGCCCCUGGGGCAGGUCAUCCUCAUGCACGACUUCAGCUCCGCCCAGCUCAGUCCCGUGGGACAUCCGGCUCUGGGGCUUCCAUCGCCCCUGUGGCUGUUGGCAUCCGUGUGGCCCCUGGCAGCCCUCAUGAUCCUUUGCGGCCUCGUGGUGGCCUUGAGGCAUUUCAAUGCCUUCCUCAGGACCGAGCCGGCUGGCAAGGCAGUGGUAGACACUACGCAUGUGGGAGAGCAUAUUGCAGCUCAGAGGUGCAGGUACAGGUACAUCAACAGAACUGGGCACAUGGCGCGAGAGGUGGAGUUUGCUGUGUGCGGGCCUACGGGACAGGAGCUUGGCAGGUUCUUCCUGGAUUCCUCGUCUCAGUGUGCGGCUCUGAAGGCGAAGAUCGAGGAGAAGGUGGGUCCUCCGCCUGCAACGCAGCAGAUCGUCAUUGCAGACAGGACGCUUCAAGACCUGGAUCCUUUGUUGGAGGAUGGUUCGACAGCAGAUUCGGUGCAUGUGACGCUCUUGCUGCAGUUCUGUGAAGGUGAGUCUGAGCUGGAAGCCCUUUGGAGAGAGCUCCCUGGGGCGGGUGGAUUCUUGGAGGAGCUGCAAAUCAUGGAUUCCGACACCAACGUCGUCCUCCCGGAGAGGUUCGUCCACUCUUGCGGUCUCGACCCAGGCUCUGGCUUGGUCCUGCUCAUGCGCCAGAGCAUGAUCGCCCCAGGAAAAGGAGCCCGUAUUGGAAAGUUUGUUCCUGCCGCCGAGACCGAGACUACCAGAGACCGAAAAGGCUGCCUGUCCGAAAGCGAUGAGGAGGACCUCUUUAAGGGCAAGGGCCUCUUGAAGGGCAAGCUGACACUCAAGCCAAGGAGGCACCCCAACCCUGCGCCGGGAUCGCUAAUCAUCCUGCCUUCCGAGGGCAAAGCUGUGGAGGUGCGGCUGGAUGUUGAUCACCCGCUGCACUGGCCCGCGGAGAUACUGGCAGCUGAAGCGGUGCAGGGCUUUCCGAUCCCUUCCUUCGGCGUUGCAGUGGCGCGAGUCUUCAUCGGCAGCAAGGUGCACCUGAUCUCAAUGGAGCUAUGCCCGGCAGUGAUCAAGUGGCAUCGACUGACAGAGCCAAGUACCAGAUGUGAAGCUGCAUGCUUGGAUAGGGACAGUCUGCGUACAAUCUUCGUUCAGGCCGGUCCUACAGGGCACGACGUAGUCUUCACACAGCUACGGGGUGACAAGGCUUUGGAACGAGUUGAUAAGUUCCCGUUGACCGGAGACCUGCCGGGAAAAACGGUAAGCAGCAUUGCGUGGUCCAGCGAUUCUUCUUCUCUUCUCCUUACUUUUGUCGGCGAACAUGCGAUUCGGGUGUACCAGAAAGCUGGAUCUGCUUGGCAAGCUGCUAUGACACUUGGAGAUCCGUCGCGACGAGGUUGCGCAGAUGGCGACGCUGAUCGGCUUCUCUUUUGGUUUCCGAAAUGCGAUAACUUUAAUGGAGAGUUGACAUAUUCCCGCCCGCUUAUUGCAGGUCCGUCUGGAGCAGUUUUCGUGCACUCUGGUGGAGUUCUGAUGCGCUUGUCGGACGACCUGUCCUCUGCGAUCAAAGUCACAUCAAUGAGGGAAGAGCUGUGGAUGCUGGACGAUGAUGACGGGCCGGAUGAGUAUCCGUACCCGGAGCCUCAUAAUGUGUUCGGGGUCCAUAAAGACAUGAUGUACAGGUCUUUGCGCCAGACAGACUACAGAUGCUGGUUCAUCGUUCGCCGGCUGCAAUUGUCUCCAGAUCUGCGGCAGGGCCGCAGUCGGAUCCGAAGCACUGCUCCGGCAUUAUGGCCCAGCAUCAGUGAGAAUCGCAUUGCGGACGCAGCUUUCGAUGCUCAGAACUUUUACAGCGAGAAGGCCUUUCGGCCGGUUCGCUACUACGAGGAAGACCGUGACAAGUGGGAUGGAAACCCCCAGUGGCUGGGCGACGGCUGGCUCUGGCAGAAGACUGAAAUUCCUGAGGAUGUCCGCGUCACCCAUUUUGGCCGGCUUAUUCAUUUCACUGAGUGGCGGCAGCGACAGCAGUGGCAGGAGCAGAUGCUUGUUGGCUUCAAAGGCUAUGGGAAAGACACGGGUGGCAAGGGCAGUGACUACCAGGACCCGGCCUACGGGCUCGGGUACAAGACCCGCUUCGAAGCCGAGUGCCGGAAGCUUUCCCCCAGUUCGGUUUAG